CACAACACAGCUCUGACCCCUCUGCUGUGCAUCCCAGGCCCCCCAGCCUGUGCAGGAGCUGUGUCUGCAUCCAGAAUGACGUUCCAGCCCCGCCGGGUCGCCGUGGACUGGCGUCGCUUCGGGGCCGUGGAUGUGGAGCGGGUGGCCCGGGAGGUGGACGUGGCCGUGCUCCAGGAGCACAUCACCAGUGUCACCUUCUGUGACCUGGCUGGGGAGAGGUGCCCACACUGCAGGCAGCCAGCGGAUCCCAUCCUGCUGAAGGUGCUUCGCAUGGCCCAGCUGAGCAUCGAGUACCUGCUGCACUGCCAGGAGAGCCUGGGCACCAGCCUGGCCCUGCAUGCCCAGCGCCUGGGAGCAGCCCAGGCUGAGCUGGCUCGCACCCAGCAGCGGGCAGCCGAGCAGGAGGCACAGCUCCGAGGGGCAAAGGAGGAGAGCAGGGGCUGGAAGAAGCUGAUAGCCACGCAGCAGCUCCUCCUGCAAGCUGGCCCCCGAGCCCACUGCAAGUGCCAGCUCUGCCACAAAGCCUUCCUGAACGGCUCCCUCCUGCAAGCCCACGUGCAGCACUGGCACCCUGAGCCCACCGACCUGGAGAGGUGGAAGGUGAAGCAGGUGGAGCGAAUGGAAGCCGAGGUGGAGGAGCUGACGGCCGAGCUGCAGGAGACACGGCGGCAGCUGGAAGCUGAGAGGGAGGCUGAGAAGCUGCACAGGGAACAGGAAGCAGAGAGAGCUCGCCAGCGAGAAGAGGAGGGCAGGAGAGACUUGGAAAGGUGGAAAGAUGAGGAGAGGAUGAAGCUGCAUGAAGAGCUGGAUGGCCUGAGGAAGCUACUCCUCACUGCCUUCAAGGAUGUGGCCCACAGGAGCAGUGCCAUGGAGGAGAAGCUGCAGGAGCUUCAUGCCAGAGAGGUGGUGAUGUCCAACCUGGGGACCCUGUGUGAUGAUGACAGGCAGGAGCCACAGUGGUGGGCAGCAAGGCAGGCAGAGCUGCAGGGUGAGCAGGGCAGGACGGCGGUGCAGGUGAAGCUGGUGUCUGCAAGCAAACCCAAAGCCACCCAGGGUGUGACCAAAGUGGUGGCUGAUGAAGAGUCAUCAGCCAGGAGAGAAGCCACCCUGGGCAAGAAGCACAGGCUGCUGGAAGCUCUGCAGACGAACCCAAACCUCCUGAAGCAGUUUCACCCCAUCCUGGAGGAAGUGCUGGAGGAAAAGCUGGAGAGCAUGGGGGUCAAGAGGGCUGCAAAGGGGAUCUCCACACGGACCUACAAAAGGCUCCAGGCUGUGCUCAGGCUUCAGCAGCAACAGAAGACUCAGAAAUUUCCAGGUCUUCUCCACCUGAGGGACGAGUUGGUCAGAGCAGUGGUGGGGAAAGUCAGGCAAUGCAUGAAGCCCAGCACUGCUUUGCCUCCACAGCUCUCCAUCAUCCCAGCUCAAAGCCUGAAGACCCCCAGGUUGCUUGGUGGGCCACAGCCCAUGGUGAUGCCAGCUGCAGGAGGGGCUGAAGCCGCAGUGAUCCCCCAGCCCGUUCCUCGGAGCAGAGCCCAUUCCACUCACCAUCCCUCCAGGACUCACCGUGGCACCCUGCAGCCCCCCACAGCCAGCAGCACCUCCUGA